ACCCAAACAAAGGCACCCUUAAGGCCUGUUCGGAUGUACAUAUAGAAUUGGGCUGAAAAUUCUGUAGGAAUCAGACCUGCUAGCUUUUAUUUUCUAAGAAUCUAUCUAAACCCAACUUAGAUCCUAGCUAUAUUUUGGAUGCAGAAAAAAAUCUAUUUUUUUUUUCUUUUCAAGGGAUUUGGGUUGAGUGGAGUUUAGUUGAUUUAGAGAAUAUUUAAAUAGAAGGCCUAAUUCACAAAUCCUAUAAAAUUUUUAGUCUGAUUCCGUAGGAAUAUCCUAUUUGACUAAUUCUAUAGGAUCGGACUGAAAAUUUUGUAGGAAUUAGGUAUGUUGACCUAUGUAACUUGUAUUUUCUAAAAGCUUAUUAAACCCAGCUUAGAUUAUAGUUUUUGGGCCGUAGGAAGAAAAAAAAUAUGAUAUAUAGAGAUUUUUUUCUUCUCACAAAAUUUGAAUUAGAUGGAGUUUGGUUGAUAAGGCUACACUUAAAUGGAUGGCUUAAUUUAAAAAUAUGAUUAAAUUUUCAACCAAAUCCUUAAAAAAGAACAAUACCCAUAAAUUAUAUUAACCAUCUGCCUAUCAUUUCGAGAGGAAAUCCUCCAAACCCCUGAAUCCUAAUACUCUAUUAUUUAUUUAUUUAUUUAUUUAUUUAUUUUUGGGCACAUGCCCACGUGGCCUCCUUACUCUAUGGCGCCCCUCUCUCAUUCCUUUCAUCUCCGCCGCGGGCCCCGCCCCCGGGCGCCGCCGAAGUGCUUCCACCCGCCCUCCUCCUCCGUCACCCCGCCUCUCCUCAGCGGCCUCCUUGCCUCUGGCUUCCUCUUUCACCCGGCACCCACGGUGGCGGAGCGGCACUGGAGCGUCUUGGAGGCGGCGGUCAAGCAGGGGGCUGUCGCCCCCUCGCUGGAGACGAAGGAGGGACGGGUAGCGACUAGCGACGGGGACAUGGGCGAAGGAAUGUUGGGAGGGAUUCGGUAGGCGGCCGAGGAAGGAGAGCUCGAUGGAGAGAAGCUGGCGGUGGGAGUCGAGUGCUUCGAUUUGAGGCCGAGAGGCGGCACAGCAUACUUUUGGUGAUGUUAAACAAGGCGGCUAUGUCUUCCUACAAUUUUCCAUAUGUCAAUGUCAUGGCCCUCCUUCAGCUUGCUUCAAUGGAGUCUGUAAGGGGAAUAAGUGUUCCCAUGUAUACCACCCUCCGACGUACAACUGUGGUGUUUACAAUGGUCAUGGAGUACCUUUUAACAAGGCAAACAUAUACCCCUUCUAUUGUUGCUAGCAUAGACAUGGCACUAUUAUUUGGCAUCUUUGUGUUCCAGGGAAAUCUAAUGGACUCAAUAGCUUUGGUCUCAUGUGGUGUAAUGGAGUCAUAUGUGCACCACUUUUAUGAAUUUGGGCAUUUGUUUUCGGGUGGUUUGGAGAGGACCAUUAUAUUCCCACAUCUAUAUUCUCCUGGUUUCCUGGUUGUUUUACUCCUUUCAUGUAUAAUGGCAUUUCUGUUGAACUACACCGUUUUUCUGAACACAACUGUUAACUCUGCACUCACUCAAACAGUGUGUGACAAUCUGAAGGUUUGGUUAUCAUUUUAGGAUUUUUUCACAGUGGUUUCGUGGGCUUCCUUAUGAUCCACUUAAUGUUAUUGGGCAGUGCCUUGGUUUCCUUGGCUCUGGCUUGUAUGCCUAUUGUAAGCUCAACGGAAAGUAGUCUUUGGUCAGCUGAGGCUUGUUUAA